UUCUUCGUCUUCGCUCGGCGACGUAUAUAGCACAUUCCUACCACAUAUGCCCUCUUUGUAAUAAUGUCGGCAGAAUAUGAGGAGAGAGACAAUGGCCCCGAGGGCAUGGAGCCAGAUGGCAUCAUUGAGAGCAACUGGAACCAGAUUGUGGAUAGUUUUGAUGAGAUGAACCUGCGUGAGGCUCUGCUCAGGGGAAUCUACGCAUAUGGUUUUGAGAGGCCCUCCGCUAUCCAGCAAAGAGCAAUUAUCCCUUGCAUCAAGGGCUAUGAUGUGAUUGCACAGGCUCAGUCGGGGACUGGGAAGACGGCUACAUUUGCCAUCUCCAUCCUGCAGCAGAUUGAUGUGGAGAUGAAGGCCACUCAGGCCCUUGUCCUGGCCCCUACCAGGGAGCUGGCUCAGCAGAUUCAGAAGGUGAUCCUGGCCCUGGGGGACUACAUGGGUGCAGGUUGCCAUGCUUGUAUUGGUGGAACCAACGUCCGCAGUGAGGUUCAGAAGCUUCAGGCUGAGGCCCCUCACAUAGUGGUGGGCACCCCUGGCCGAGUCUUUGAUAUGUUGAACCGCAAAUUCCUCUCGGCCAAGUACAUCAAAAUGUUUGUUCUGGACGAAGCUGACGAGAUGUUGAGCAGAGGAUUCAAAGACCAGAUCUACGAGAUUUUCCAGAAACUAGGAAGCAGCACACAGGUUGUUCUGCUGUCUGCCACCAUGCCCGCUGAUGUCCUGGAGGUCACCAAGAAGUUCAUGCGUGAACCUGUCCGCAUCCUGGUCAAGAAGGAGGAGCUAACCCUGGAGGGUAUCCGCCAGUUCUACAUUAACGUGGAGAAGGAGGAGUGGAAGCUGGACACCCUGUGUGACUUGUACGAGACGCUUACCAUCACACAGGCGGUCAUAUUCAUUAACACUAGGAGGAAGGUUGACUGGCUUACUGAAAAGAUGCAUGCGAGGGACUUCACCGUCUCUGCUCUGCAUGGAGACAUGGAGCAGAAAGAGAGAGACCUGAUCAUGAGGGAGUUCCGCUCUGGCUCCAGUAGAGUCCUCAUCACCACGGACCUGUUGGCUAGAGGGAUUGAUGUCCAGCAAGUGUCCCUGGUCAUCAACUAUGACCUGCCCACCAACAGGGAGAACUACAUUCACAGGAUUGGUCGUGGAGGUCGUUUCGGCAGGAAAGGUGUGGCUAUUAACAUGGUAACUGAGGACGACAAGCGCACCCUGAGAGACAUUGAGACCUUCUACAACACCACCGUUGAGGAGAUGCCAAUGAAUGUGGCUGACCUUAUCUAGACAAUUCUGCCCACCCUUUAUCUUACCCCGUCCCUUUUUUCUUUUCUUUUCUUUUUUUUCUCCCCCUAAAUCAGGCUUAUAGCCCUAUUUGUGUAAUGAAUUCGUCACAAGAACUUGCCACAUUUGGUUGAAUUUUUCAAGUCUCUUGCCCCACGCCCCUGAAGAGAGACCCUGGCCUAAUGCUUUCCCAUGUUGCUUUGCUUCUAUUCUAGUUGCUAGCCCUUCAGAUUGGUUUCUCAGCCAGCUUCAGUGGGGGGUGAUGAAUGGUUCUGACCUGCUCUGUCUGCCUACCAUAGUCUAUUAUUCAAAGUCAAGGCCUUACAUUUUUUCUUCUCUUUACCGCAUCUAAAGUCACCUGCCUUUCCCACAUUUCCACAGCCUAAAAAGAGCACCGGGUGUUGUUCCAGUGCUUUCUUUCCUUUUCUUACUGAUGGCAAAAUGCAUGCAAACGAGACAGAAGUUUUUUAAACUUUGAUGUCAAGUGACUUAGAUAUGAAGAUGUUUUAACAGUGGUUGUGGCAAUCUAAUUGUAUUCAAAUUGUUGUGACCUUUUUACAGUUGGAUAUGAGGGUUAGCCAAGACUGCAUCUCAGUCACUUCUGAGCAAGAAGAAAUCUACAGAAUACAAAUGGUUUACUCAUGAAUUUGACCAGAAUAGUACUUGUAGUCACAACCUUCAGUGUGCUUAGAUGAGCUUCAGUAUAUGCUGGGGACCGGGGGCUUGUCCGUUAACAUUUUGAGAAAGGAGUGUUUGCAGCUAUAUUCACGGGGCAUCUUCAAUAAUAAAAAAACCCUGUAUAGUAAAAUUGAUGAUGUAUGAGUGGUUUCCCCUUUGAUCUCUGCUGUGCAAUUUCUUGUUAUUACGGCUUAACUCGUGUAAAAAUUGUGAGGUGGUGCUUGAGGUUUUUUAUGGUGUGGACAGAAGUGCAGAGGUAAAAGGGUGAGUUUGAAGAAUUUGCCUUGGCUUGUGCAACUUGUUGGUUUUUCAUCACUUGGCUCCAUAAAUAAUUGUUCCAUUUGUUUUUUUGUUUUUUUUUUCCCCCCCCAAGAAAUAUUACAUUUUUGGUAAGGUGGUGUCACUAGUAACCUACCUCGUGAAAUGUUGGGGCAGAGGAGGGUCUUUGACACAUAAGGACCAAAUUGCAGGUGAUUGAGUAUAGACGUAGAAGGGUUUUCUUUUUUUUUUUUUUUUAUGAAGGGGAGGGAGGGUGUGGUUAGGUGGAUGGGGAUAUGUCAUAGCUUUUUUUAUUAAAGGAAUUUAUCAAAAUGUGAUAAAUGCUAACCUUUUUUGAGACAGAAGCCAUGUACCAAAUUUUCUACAUUGGAUUCUGUAUAGUAUUUAUUUUAAUGGUCUUAAAAAUAAAGGUAUUUCUCCUUAAGUGAAAACUUGCUUCUGCAUUGUUGCAUGUACAAAAUAUAACUCAUCAAAACUGUAAAGUUGUGCUGUAUAAAUGAACUCAUUAAAAAAAACUAAAG